AUGAAAUCUACAAGACUGACAAAAGUUUGUUUUCAGAUCUUCAAAGGACAUUUGAGGCACAUUGUCACCUGUUCUAAACGUCACGUGAACAGUGAUGAAGUUGUUCCGUUUUGGAAUCUGCCACUGUCAAUGGAAGAUAACAACAACUACAGUGUGGUAGGGAACAUAGCCUGCUUCACCUAUUAUGGUAACUCCAAAAUGUUCUGCAUACCAAAUCCUUCAAAUGCCAUAUAGUAUGCAAUUUGUCUUAUGGAAUUAAAUAACAGCAUAUUCAUUCAGUGGGAAAGUAUUUACUGUAUAUUGGAAUUUGUGAAAAAACAAAUAACAUUGUAUCUCAUUGAUAAUGAUACCAUAAUUUUCUAUGACGUGACAAAUUGGUUUGAGGCAAACAACACUAUGUUGGAGGUGUAAGAUACCAUUUUCUUUCUUUUUUCAGAGAUGGUUAUGAGAAUUUUUUUAAGCCUUCAACUGUCAGUGGUGACAAAACAGAUGCAAUCAUUGUGAGUUAUGAUAUUUAGAAUACUCAAUGGAUAUCCUAAACCAUUAAUUGUAUCAAAAGUUUCUCAGAAAGAUAACACUUUGAAAAAUACUGUGUUACUGGGUCUAGUGGUGUAAUAAUAGUGUGUUUUGUGUCUCCAGGUAAGUAAGAUGGAACAUCCCCCAGAGAUUCUGACUCUGCUCCUCAAGAGGUUUGAGUUUGACUACCACAUGAUGUCAUAUGUAAAAAAAAAAGAGUUUUGUUGAGGUGCCUCGCACGUUACAGACAAUGGUAACUAACAAACUUUAGUUCUUAAACAGGUUAUUAUUCUAUACAACUUUUUUUCUCAUUAAGUUGUAUAACUUAGGCACUUAAGUUGAUUGCCUUUUAAAAAGAGAGAACAUUAGCAUUGUAUGUUCCUUUAUAGCCCUCCUCCUCCUCUGUACCUUACCCCUACAUUGGGCCCUAUCUGAAAAAGCUCAGUGAUUUGCCUGUUCAUGGUGGACCUUUUGAUUUAUCAGAACUUUGAAAAGAACUGUAACUGUGAACUCUAUGCAUUUGUGGACCAUGUGGGGAGUCUAAGAAGUGGACAUUACAUUGCUGUAAUCCAGUCCUAUGAGGAUCACAACUGGUAUAUGUUGGAUGACACCUGUGUCAGUCAGGUAAGGGAUACUUAACUUUUUUUAAUCUAGGAUAUACUACCACAAAAACCACGCUACUCCCUCAACAUCCAUAUACCAUCCCUAGUUAUAGUUGACUGCAUUGCUGCUCCCUCUCUUACAGCUCAAUUCAAAACCAUUUGAGCAAGAUGAGUUUUAG